AUGUCUGACCUUCAGAAUGCUGCGCACGCUUGGGCCACUGGCCAUCCCCCUGCUCCACAGGGUUUGGACCAGCUUGACUGGACCAGGAGAUUGGAAGACGUCUCCAGUCUCAGAAAGCGCGAUCGCCCCAUGAGCUUCGAUGCAGAGGGAUGCAACCAGUUUGCCUGGGGGGAGCAAUUGCUGGCGGACCUGCCCCCCAAGGUGGGGACCUGGACCCCCCCCAAAACAAACGUGAAUCGGCAGGAGUCUGUCAUCGCUAAUAGCACAGAUAAUGCUGAGCUCCUGGCUGGGCUCCAACUGCAGGAGGGCUUGACACUCGCCCCUAGACACGGGAGUCCGGCGCAGGCGGGGGCCCAGGCCGGUGUCAACUUAUGGCGAGCAGUUGCUAGCUUCCCCGUCGUCAGGGUACACACGCUCACGUCCUCAGGGUCUUCGCGGUCAGAUGCCCAAAAUGGGGGGGUAGCUGUGCAGGCUGAAGAAACCCCCUCCGACAAACUGCCUGAAUCUAGGGGAUCCCUCGAAGCUGAGACAACUGCUUUGCAAGCCCCAGUGGUCGACAGAAUUGAGAAAGAGAAGGGGAAAGAAAGGGAGACAGGGAAGGAGAAGGAGAAGGUGGAACAGGGUAAGGAAAAGGACGUAGGGAAAAGAAUCGAGCAGGCUGCCCUUAGGGUGGCUCAAGCUCUUGGGGGGGAGAUUGAUGAGGGGCUUCCUGUAUAUCGUCCGGAGGGGCAGAACGGAGCAAUCCUUGGGGAGGGAACGGAUCUGGGGGGAAGUCUGCUGCCAGCGGGCCUGGGUGACGUGGCAGGCUUUGAUUGGCCGGUGAACGACGGGUUUGGUGCUGGGGGGCUUGGCACUGAGGUCUAUUCCAGAGAUGCUAGCCCUGACCUCCUGACGGGCCCGGACCUAUGGAUUCCCGACUUCACAGACUGGCUGGCGGACUUCGACGGGAGUAGCGGAGUCGGUGAAGGGACAUUAGUCACGCCCCGAAGUGUUGCCGAGUCCAACGACCCCCUUUUGGGGCCAACUGUGGGGCCAGAAGUUGCCCCCCCGACUCCCCCUCAACCGCUCCACCGCCUGUGGGCGGAGCUCCUCCCCGCGCAGCUCCGUUCGGACAAGUACCGGACGUUUCGGACGACGUACAAGGAGGAGGUCCGGCGGCUGCGGAUCUGGACGGCGACCUACAUUGGGGAGAGCUUCCUACCGCUGGUCGCCGACCUGCACUUCGACGCGUGCAACGCGCUCCCGGCGGCGCGCCACCGGCAAGCAAGGCUAAUGUUCACCAAGGGUCUCUUGUGGGCCUCGUUUGUGAGCCACGUUCUAGAGAACGCUAGCCCCCCCGACCUGUACUUCAUGCGGCGCAACUCGGAGCUUGGCCCCGCGGUAGGACCAAUCAAGAAGCUGCUCAACUUCUCGGCCGCGAUGCGCCAUUGUGCACUCACGCUCGCGUUCCUGCUGGAGGACCGAGCAAGCAACCUGGGUGCGACAUUCUGUUGCAUGACGAGGCGGCAGAGGCCCCAGAGUGUCCGCACAUACGGCGCGCUGCAUAAGUCGGCGGGCGACGAGGCGGCAUACGGCCCCGAAGUAUACCGCACAUACGGCGCGCUGCAUAAGUCGGCGGGCGUGCACCGCCCGCUCGCGUUUGCCGGCUACGGUUACCACCAAAUCUCCUUUCCUAAGCUCACCGAUCCUGAACCCCCACUUCUUGAAACGGGUGCAACUCCCGCUUCUGACGAAGUGGAGCUUAUCGAAUUCGAAGACGAGCCGCUCUUCAACAAGUGCAUCUUCCAGAAGAAUCCGUUCGCGUUCCGGUGGGGCACGUUCUGGUUCAACGAGAAGCGGCUCGAGGCGACGGGGAAGGGCCUGGCGCGUGCGGGGGCGCGCGGGCGGCAACUGGUGCAGGGCUUAACGGAACUGACGCUGAGCUCCCACGUGAAGCGCUUCGACUGCAUGGCGGCCGGGGGCACUCCCUCCCUGGAGAAGUACCUGGCUUUCGCCCGGUACACUUCGGGUGUGACCACCGCUCUCGGCUUGGCGUUCUGCGCGAUCGGGCAAGAGCUAGGGGAUUCCGCUCAAUGGACGCCGACGGAACCCGGCUUGGAAGGGCUGUUUGACGCGGCCGAGGGGGCGCUCGCGCUCGCUGGCGGCGUGUUUCGGAUUAUGAGCGAUGUCAGGACGUAUGAGGCGGACUUGGUUCAGUGCCGGUUAAACGCCGUGGCCAUUUGGAUGCGCGAAGCACUGUGCAGUCACAAAGAAGCCAUUGAUUAUCUGGUCGCCAAAGUGGCCGACGAUAUUGAGUCGUUGGAAGCCGAGAUCGUUUCCCGGGCUCCCAAGGACCGCUUCUCGAGGAUUUGCCGGCGCCCGGUGUAUCUAGCUCUGGGAGACUCCUACGCAGCAGGGGUGGGGAGUACCGACAACUACGUCAAGUCGAGCCUUGAGUGCAAACGAUCACCUGUUGCAUGGCCAGAGCUCCUUGCCAAGCGCCUCAAUGUGCAACUGACCUCCCUGGCAUGCAAUGGUGCUCAAAGCGGCAACGUGUAUGACCAGCUGAGCUUGCUGUCAGCUGGAUAUCUAAACGUGACGGAGGUGGUGUUGCUUAGUGUCGGGGGCAAUGACGCGGGGUUCGGCGAUGUGCUCAAAGAGUGUGUCCUGUUUGACCCGUCUGUUCAACUAGUCAGCGGACCGGGAGGAGGAGGCUUCCGCUUCGGUGAUGCGCCCUGCAAGCUGGAUGCCGCUUCUGAAUUCAUCGCCAACAAGCUACCAAGGAGGCUGUCUCUGCUAUACAAGGUGCUGCGAUCUGUUGCACCAAACGCACGGGUCCUGGUGACUGGCUAUCCAAGGCUUUUCACAAACGUGAGUUGUGAUUCGAGACUCUUUCUUACAGACCAAGAAACGACUGGCCUGAAUCGGCUGGCCAAUGAGCUGGCGGAUGUGAUCAAGCUUAGUAUGGUUGACAUGCCUAGAUUCCAGUUCGUUGACACUCGGAACGCGUUCGAGGGGCACGCCGUCUGUGCAAAGGACCCCUGGAUCAACGACGUAACCUCUGAGAAGAUAGGUUCCUUUCCAUAUGUCCGGGGCUCUGAUGAGUCGUACCACCCCAAUGUCAAGGGACAAAAUGCGUAUGAGCAGAUUGUGUACUCGUGCUUGUCUGGUGGAGCGUGCAAGUAGUCGGUAAAGUCCUCACCGAACACACCAGGCUACUUAAAAAAUAUGAGACUUUGAGAAUACAAGUGUUCAAAGCAAGUCACUA